AGCCAAUAGCGGAGCGGAGCGGAGCGGCUGCAAGUCACGUGGUGGGAUGGAGGCCGAUGAGGCGCUGCUGGGGCCGUUGCGGGAGCUGGGGGUGCCUGAGGCGGCGGCGCGACAGGCGCUGGCCCUGACCGGGAAUGUGUCCGCGGAGGCUGCGGCGCAGCUCUACUUCGGCGGCCUGGAGAGGCAGGAGCAGGCGGAUGGUGGCGGCUGCUACAAGAUGGUGUUUGUGGUGAACAUGGAGCUCGCCAUGGGCGUCGGGAAGAUAGCAGCCCAGGUUGGACAUGCAGCUGUUGGCCUGUACCAGUUAAUACAGGAAAAAUCCACUGGGAGGGAGAUGAUCUGCCAGUGGGAUGAAUGUGGUGCAAAGAAGGUUGUAGUUCAAGGAUCAAACACUGCCCACCUGAUGGAUCUCCGAGCAUUGGCUUUGAGCCUGGAGCUGCCAACGUACCUGGUGCAGGAUGCAGGGAGGACACAGAUUCCAGCUGGAUCCUACACUGUCCUUGCCAUUAUCGGAGAAGAAGGAAUAAUGAAUCAGGUGACUGGGAAGCUGAGGCUGUUGAACUGAGAGCAGCACCAAAGCCUAUUUUGGGCUGUACCUGACUACAUGCCGUGGAAUUUGCAAGUGACCUCUCUGCAGUGUGGAGAAAGAGGCACCUGUUAACAGCAUCUCGGGCCCUUCAGAGAGUCAUGGGAACCAGAUGGCUUCUCUCCUUUCUGCCUGCUGGAGCUCAGGGGAGGCGUGCUGCUCGAGUGAAGAGGCAGCACUCUUCUUCUGCCUGAGGGAGUCCGUCUUGCUAGCCCAGGAUGGUGAGAGGCAGGGUUGCUGCUCUGCUGCAAGUGGAUCAGAGAGACUGCUGCACAGUUCUACCUCUAGCUUCCCUAGAAUUGUCUUGGAAAAACAAGGCUUGUAUUUUCUGAAACGUGCUUAUGAACAAGAUGAAAUUCUGACAUA